GUUUGUUAAAGAGGCGCAAAUUCAAUCCAUUGACUGUCUGCUUCAUAACCGAGUAGAGAGGGAAUAAAUGUUAGGGUUAAAUAAGUAAACAAGACUGUGUUAGGUUUGAUGAACUUAACUUUUAGCGGCACAACCAAAGCGCGAGCCUCUGGUCACUCCACUCAUCCCGUGUCGCGUGCAAUGCUGAAGAAAGUGGACAGUAUUGUGUGAGCUGAGCUUGGACAGCUAGCCGGCUAACACUCGCUAGCUCACCAACAAUGUCCAGUGUUCCACAAAAUAACCUGAAGGAGCAGCUGGCGAGGCACAGCAAUGCUGCUCAGAGCAAGUUGUCUCUGUCUAAACCCAAACCGGGGGCCUUUUCUUUCAAGAAGAAGUCCUCAAUGGGUACAACAAAGGUGGAAGUCCCAACCAAGGUAAUCAGCUCAAAUGUUUUGGCAAACAGGAAUGUCAAUGUCCCUAAGAGCAGUUUGGUGACUAAAUCUCCUUUGACAUUUUCAAACAAGAUUGAGAGACCUCAAAAGUCCAAAAUCAACAGCUUCUUCCCUGUAAGUUCAAAAGGCAAGUCAGACUCCAUCAGCCCAGCACGUAACUGUGCUCCUGCAGGCCAGACUCCUUCAGCAGGGUUUGAUGCGAAGGCUAAGGUGGCCACAACUCCAACUGACAGCCAAUUCACUAGCAGAUACAGCACCUCCACAAGUCUGGAUGCAUCACUUGGAUUCCCACUGGACAACUGGGAUGAUUUGGACGACUUUGAAACUCCUGCUAAAACAAAAAAUGACUCAUUUGGUUCAGAAGUACCAGGGAACAGCUCCAAGCUUGAUGCCUCUGUUAUGACACCAGACUUAAGCAACUGUUUUUCAAACAAGAGUGGUCUUUCCAGAAGUGAAAAGUCUUGUAAGGGAACAGAUGAAUUGGAACAAAGUGACAACAAAGCUGCAGUUUCACCAGAACCUAGUUUUAAUCAGGACCCAGAAGAGUUGUUUCUGGACAGUUCUCCUAUCAGAAUGCCCAGAAGACGUCCUCAUGCUCAUCUGAAGCCUGUCACAAGUGAUAGUGAAGAAGAAAAUGAUGCUGUGUCUGAGCCUUUUGAAGAGAGUACAGUCGAUAAGAAAAAAUUGAUUGACCCAAAGGUGAUAGAAGUUGGCGACCAGUCAGAGCCUGAAGAUGACCUAGACUACAUUCCCCCUUCACCCAUCCCAGAUGUAAUCUCUAAUACUACUUCUAUAUUGGAGACAAGAUCUAAAUCAGCUGGUACUGAAAGCAGAGACAGUCAAGUGUAUUCAAAGGGACCUACCACAACUCAACAUGAACCUUCUGUUCAACACUCAAAAGACAAAACAAAUGAGCAGCUUUUCCAUAUCAUGGAGUCCAUUUGUUCUCUAGUUGAUUGCAUCCCUGAACAUGAACUGAUAGCUCUGUCAUGUGGAAAUGAGCUCUUACUGAAGAGGGCUCAAAGGAAAAGGAUUCUUGCAGUUGGUGGCGACGCUUUGUUUAAGAUGCAGCAGCCAGACAGCACUGUGAUUUCUGAACCCAGCUCCAAAGAAAAAUCUUCUUUAAGCUGUGAUACGUCUAGUGUCAUGUCUUGCAGUGGCUCUGUCCCUGUGAACUCCAAGGAAGCUCUUCAGAUCAGGAGAUCUUCAAUCAUCUCUUUGGACUAUGACUCUGAUCCCUCUGACAGUAUUACCAAUGUGAAACCCUUGCACAGUAAAGACAGUGGGAAAUUAUAUGAGGAAAACAAGAGCAUCUGUGAUUCUCCAUCAGCCUGCAGCCUCACAAAACCAUCUUUUAAUUUCUCUAAGAAAACAAGCACAGAUGUGGAUGACUCAGAUCUCUUCUUCUCACCUAAGAAGUCAGAGACUGUUUCUCAAAAUAAAUCAAAUACACCAGCAACAACCACCGCUACCGAAGGCAUAGAACCAGACGACUUUUACUUUGACGACUUCGACAUAGAUGACUUUAACGACUCAGACAUCCCUGAUUACUUUGAUGAACCCUCAACUUCGUCAGUGUCUGCACAAAAGUCCAGCACUGUGAAAGAGGGGGGACCGAGCAAGUCCUCGUGGGAGAAGAAACCAACAACACCAGUGUCUGCACCCAAGCCUUCAAAGAUCUGCUCCCCUGAACCCACCUUCAGAAACCCGGCCCAUGAUCGGUUCAGAGGGUUCAACUUCCCCCACUCACAGGAGAUGAUGAAGAUCUUUCACAAGCGUUUCGGUCUUCAUCAGUUCAGGUUUAAUCAGCUAGAAGCAAUUAAUGCGGCGCUUCUGGGUGAGGACACGUUUGUUUUGAUGCCCACAGGUGGUGGGAAAAGUUUGUGUUACCAGCUGCCAGCUUGUGUGUCACCAGGAGUCACUGUGGUCAUCUCCCCACUGAAAUCACUCAUCGUCGACCAGGUCCAGAAACUCACUACGCUGGAUAUUCCAGCAACAAGUCUGUCUGGUGAUAAAAGUGACAGUGAAGCAGGGAGGAUUUAUAUGCAGCUCUCCAGGAAAGAUCCCAUCAUUAAACUGCUCUAUGUCACUCCUGAAAAGGUGAGUGCAAGUAACAAGCUGAUCUCCGCCCUGCAGAACCUGUACGAGCGAGGCCUUUUGGCUCGGUUUGUCAUAGAUGAGGCCCAUUGUGUCAGUCAGUGGGGCCACGAUUUCCGCCCCGACUACAAAAGGUUGCACGAACUGCGUCAGAAAUUCCCCAACGUGAGGAUGAUGGCUCUGACAGCCACCGCCACCCCACGCGUCCAGAAAGAUAUCCUCAACCAGCUGAAUAUGACUCGGCCGCAGGUGUUCACCAUGAGUUUCAACCGAACGAACCUGAAGUACGCUGUGCUGCCCAAGAAACCUAAAAAGGUUGACGAGGACUGCAUCAGCUGGAUUAAGAAGCACUACCCACGUGAUUCUGGCAUCGUGUACUGCCUGUCCCGUAACGACUGCGACGCCAUGGCCGAGAGUCUUCAGAGAGCGGGGAUAUUGGCUCUGUCGUAUCACGCAGGCCUGAGUGACGGGGACAGAGAAUACGUGCAGAACAAGUGGAUUAAUCAGGACGGCUGCCAGGUCAUCUGUGCCACCAUAGCCUUCGGCAUGGGGAUCGACAAGCCAGACGUGCGCUACGUGAUCCACGCCAGUCUGCCUAAAUCAGUGGAGGGUUACUACCAGGAGUCGGGAAGAGCCGGCAGAGAUGGAGAGAUCUCCCACUGUAUUCUCUUCUACUCCUACACCGACGUCCACCGCAUCAAGAGGAUUAUCAGCAUGGACAGAGAAGGUGACAGACACACCAAGGAGACUCAUUACAACAACCUACACAGCAUGGUGCACUUCUGUGAGAACAUGAUGGAGUGCAGAAGGAUUCAGCUGCUUGCGUACUUCGGGGAGUUCAAGUUCAACAAAGGUUUCUGUAAAGACCAUCCCGACGUCACCUGCGACAAUUGUUCCAAACCCAAUCAAUACAAGCUGAGAAAUGUCACAGAAGACGUGAAGAAGAUCGUGAGGUUCGUGCAGGAGAACUGCGAGAAAGUUGGAGCGAGGUUUGGCAGGACUGCUCAGCAAAACCGUCUGACGCUAAACAUGCUCGUGGAUAUCUUCCUAGGGACUAAAUCUGCCAAGGUACAGUCAGGGAUGUUUGGGAUGGGAGGGGCCUACUCCAGGCACAACGCAGACCGUCUCUUCAAAAAACUGGUUCUGGAUAAAGUUCUGGUUGAGGACCUCUACAUCACGGUCAAUGGCCAAGCUGUGGCUUACAUCUCUGCCGGACCAAAAGCCAUGAAUGUGCUGUCUGGACACAUGCAGGUGGAGUUCUAUGAGACGGAGAGCGCAUCUACCAUCAGGAAAAAUAAAGCCGCUGUGGCCAAGAACGUCUCUCAGAGAGAGGAGAUGGUUCAGCAGUGUCUGAAGGAGUUGACAGAUUUGUGCAAGCAGCUGGGGAAAGCGUUUGGCAUUCACUAUUACAACAUCUUCUCCACUGCCACCUUGAAAAAGAUAGCUGAGAAGCUUUCCUCUGACCCUGAAGUCCUCCUACAAAUUGAUGGUGUAACGGAGGACAAACUGGACAAGUAUGGAGCUGAAGUCAUUCAGGUCCUACAGAAAUAUUCUGAGUGGCAACUACCUGUGGGGGAGCAGACUGACAGUGGUAACGACGGGUGGAUAGACACAACACGAGGCCGCGCGAAUAUAGAUUACGACGACGACGAUGACGACACAGAGUCGUCCACCUACUUCCGCAAUGAGCCCGCUCAGGGACAGAAGAGGAAGAAAGCUCCAUUCUUCAAGUAUGCCAAGAAGAGAAAAGGAUAUGGCAACGCAAGCUCCAAUUCUAAAGGGCGUGGCUACAGCAGCAAUAAAUCGUGGUCAUCGUCCAGUUUCAGAGGUGGAUCAAAAGCCGCAGGUCGGGGAUCCAGGAGCUCAGCAGGAGACGCGUCAGCAGGCAGGAGACCAGGCUUCUUGGCCGCCCCAACCCCUCAAACCAACCAGAGGCCCUUCUUAAAGCCAACUUUUUCGCACCUGAGCUAGGGCUGUCUUCUGGGAAGCUCCUUAUUCACUACAUUUUCAAACCAGCUGGUGUUGGUAACUGUUGUAAAGUAUUUAGACAUUAUAUCACCAUUGUUUACUGAAACAGCUAGAAUUGUAUAUUUAUAUUCUGUACAGUUUUGUCAAAGUGUCUGUCAGAUGUUUUGUUUUUCACUGUCCAUUAUUUUUUUUAUAUUAAAGACAAAUUUUAUUAAUGA